AUGUUAUCUACUCCAGACCUGCAGGUGAAGGUGACCACUACGUGGUGGUCAACGACACUGACCUGUAGCACCACCUGUACUCUGACUGGUAACCCCACCUACAUCUGGUACAGGAACAGUAAGAUUGUACAAGAGGACACCUCCCCCUCAUACUCAGUCUACUUCAAAACUGAAGACAGUUUCUACUGUGCUGUAAAAGGCAUCAAUUCUCCUGCAGUGUCUGUUAGGGCUCAGAGUUAUUUCCACCUGACUUACACCCAUCAGAGGAUCUGUACCUUGAAGGGGUCAUCAGUGAACAUAUCCUGCUCUUACACAUAUCCCAGGGGUCAUACAGUCUCUGAAACAAAAUGGUACACAAAAGGAAAACUUGAUGAGGCCCCUCAAAUCCUGAGCCCGGGUUAUGGAGGUCGUGUGGAGUACCUUGGAAAUAUGCAGAGUGACUUCACCCUGACUACAGACCUGAGAGAGGAGGAUUCGGCUGAGUAUAAGUUUAGAUUCAGAACAGAUCAGACAAACUGGGAGCCCACCAUUCCUGGAACAACUCUGACUGUCAUAGGUCUUCAGGUGAAGGUGACUCCUGCCACGGUGACAGAGGGACAGAAGGUGACACUGACCUGUAGCACCACCUGUACUCUGACUGACAACCCCAACCCCACCUACAUCUGGUACAAGAAUGGACAUGUAACCACCCAAUCGAACAGUCUGUUCCUAAACCCAGUCAGCAGUGAGGAUACAGGCAGAUACUCCUGUGCUGUAGAAGGCCAUGAGGAUCUCCCCUCUAAUGAAGAGACUCUCACUGUCAGAUGUGAGUAUGUGUGA